AUGGCCUUCGUGGGCAGCGGAGGGGCUCUAGAAACAUGGAAGAAGCAGAGAGCGGCUGAGCCGCUGCGGGCGGGACUCGCGCCGCGCUCGGGGCCGAGGCGGCUCUUUCCGUGCCCAGCGGCGGGGCCGUUUGUGCUUCUCUGUUACCCGCUCGGCCCUGCAAAGAGCCGGGCGGGGUCUGCCCCCGUGCUGCCCCUCACCUGGCUUCUCUUGCAGGUGACCAAGGCGGUCAGAGCGGGGGACGUGGACGCCAGGACCCGCCGCCAGAUCUUCGACGCCAUCGGAUUCACGUUUCCGAGCCGCCUGCUCACGUCCCGGGAGCCGCCCGAGGGCUGCCCCCAGCACACGUUCCAGGCGCUCGGCCUCACCCUGCUCGCCUGUUUCUGCACCGAUCCGGAGCUAGCCGGCCAUUCCCAGAUCCUGAACAAGAUCCCGACCUUCAAUGACAUCCUGCUUGCCCCCUGUAACGCGGACACUUCCUCCAUGGUGGAUGACGUGUACCAGUGCCUGACUGCCAUCCUGGCCACCCCCAGGGGCCCCAAGGAGCUGGUGUCCAAAGGCACCGUGUCCGCCCUGUGCCAGGUCUACGAUGCUGCCAAAUUUGAGCUGUGCGAGGUUCUGCCGCACUUCAUCCCGCUGUCACCGCCGCUCACGCAGGAUGCGCAGGGCUCCGAGUGCCUCCGCAGGCUUUACAAAGGGCUGGCCAACAUCCUGGGCAGCAAACUCAGCCAGUGCCAGCGGGACCCUGCGCUGAAGCUUGCUGCCUGCCUCGUGCAGGCCUGCGGGUCAGACUGGAUCCCAGCGGGGCGGGCUGGAAGCAAGUUCUUGGCCUUGCUGGUGAACUUGGCGUGUGUGGAGGUCCGCCUGAUUCUGGAGGAGCCAGAUCCCGUGGGUGUGGAGGGCAGGAAAGAAGUGAUAACAGCCUGUUACGUCCUUAUUGAGAUGGGGAUCCAGGAGUGCCUGAAUGAAGAGAAGCCACUGCUAGAAGAAGUGCAGAAAGUGCAGCUCUUGAGGAUCAUGGAGGAGGCAUUUGGCGCUGUAAUAUUCUACUUGAGACAGGUUAAGCAGGAGGAGCUAGAUGACCCUUUUAUAUUUGCUUCUGUUCGAAUCCUUGGAGCCUGGAUGGCAGAAGAGACAUCCUUCCUCAAGCAGGAAAUCUGUGAGCUGCUGCCUUUCCUGGUUCAUUAUGCCAGGAAGCUUUUCCAAGAGGGAGAGACAGCUGCAAACCUUGCCCAGCCUGAUGGGAUGCCAGCAGGGCUCGACAGCUCCGGGGGCGCACGCGUACCCCGGGAUGCUCUGAGAUUUCUGCUCCCUGGCUUUUGCCAUUUAACAGCAGAGGACAAGCCCCGGGACAUCCUCAUCUGCGAAGGGGCCCCAGCCCUGCUGUGCGAGUACUUCCUGCAGCAGUGGCAGCUGCUGCUCCCCGAACUCGGCUCCCCGGCUCCGCUGCCGAGCACGGAAAUGAGCCUGCAGACACUGUGUGGGAUCUUCCUGAACCUCGUCGUGACUGCCCCAGACCUUGUCAGGCGAGACAGAUGCUUUUCCUCUUUGAUGGACCUGCUGUUGAAGUCUCUGCCACUUCUGCUACCCCAGAACGAUCAUCUGGUUCUCGCAGCCAACAUUGCCACUCUGGGCUUGAUGAUGGCCAGGAUCCUGGCAAGUCCAGCAGGCGCACGGUGCGCGGGGCGGCUUGUGCCCUGGCUGCCGCGCGCCGCGCUGGACGCGCGCUGGCUGCACGGCCUCGCCGCCACGCUGGCCCGGGUCAGCCCGGCCUCCGUGGAUGCUGAGCUCGUCACCGCUUUCCAGGGCGUCUUGGCAGAGCUGGCCGGGGUCAGUAAACCCUGCAAGGAAGUGAUCCUGUCGCACCAGGGGCAGGAAUGGGCCAGUCUUCACGGAAUGGCAGUUCUGGAACAGCGCCUUUCUGAGCAGUGAAGAC